UUUUGAGAGCAAUUGUUGAUUUAUUAUCGGGUAAAUACGUCCAUUAGAGCAAAUCGAUUGUGUUUAAUUUGUUUAAAAUUGGUGGCAACAAAAGAGCUCAAAGAUUGGACUAGAAGGUUAUGGCGUCAAACUAGUGACUCAACCUGGCUCCAUGCCGGAUGGGUUAGGCCUCCAUUGCCUUCAACCUUGUUUUUGUUGCUCAGUUUCAUCAAUUGGAGACAUUUUAUCAUUGUUUAAAUUGUUACUCCUAUAACUGUCGUGUUGAUUAUUAAUUUAAUCAUUAUUGUGUGUUUUGCCCAGCAAGAAAGAGACCAGAAGAGUUAAGGUUGAGAGGAAGAAAAGAAUCUCAUCUGGUUAAAACUGUUUUUUUUCAUCUUGUUUUGUUGUUGACUUGAAGUUGAAUUUUCAUUUUAUAAUGGUAAAUUUUCACCGGCCUCAUUCUGAGUUAAUGUAUUCAUUGAAUCUGGUAGUCGCAAUCCUUUCCACCAUUCUUGACAAGUUAGUCAAUUAGCUGGCUGUAAUAGUUGGUUAAUUAUAUUGGUAAAUGACCUUGUCUCAUUACUUUAUCUUUUUGAGCAAUUUUUUACUUUGUUCAACAAUCUCACCUUCACCUGUAAAGUUUCUUGCCACUUGUGUUUGUAUUUUUUUGUGUCCUUUAUCUUCAUCAUUUUCAACAUCACUGUCGUUACUGAUCACUUUUUUGUAUGGUUCACGUAAAAAUGGUUAAAUUGUUGAUCUCGUUGGUCUGUUCUUUUUUCCUUUAUGUCACCACAGUCUCUGGUCAAGAAAGUCCCUCUAAAAAGUGUAUCAAUGGGGAAAAACUUUGUUUCGGAUUACCAGCUGGUUGUGCGACUUCAUCUACUUUUGACUGUACAAUGUUGGUACUCAUAAGUGCUAAAGCUAAUCCAGAGCAUGGUCUAGAUGUUGAUGUUUAUGGUCAAGGUUCGCCCAAUACUUAUUAUGCUGUUGGAUUUGUACCAGAAAAGGGCAUGUCUGGUGCAACUGUUGUUCAUUGUGAUUAUAACCGAGACUCGACGGUUUCAGUCGGUGAAGGUAUUACUGAAGGAUAUAGUUUUAUACCAAUCUCUGAUCGAACGCUGACUCAAACAACUUCAGCUGGAUUAUCAAAUGGUGAAAUCCACUGUCACUGGACUCAUAGACCCAGAGGAAUUGUCGAUUCAUCUUCUAGCAUUCCUUUCAACGUCAAGAAUCCCUAUUAUGUACAACUUGCUUAUGGGCCUUUAAGUAAUGGUGCGGUUCGCCGUCAUACUACAAGAUCAAUUACCGAUAACACAAUUAACCUUCGAUCAGUUGGUGUUGUCUCUUCAAGUUCAACUCUUCCUGUAUUGAUUCGACUUCAUGGUUCUUUAAUGACCCUUGCAUGGCUAUGUUUAGUCAGCAUCGCUAUGGUCAUUGCUCGUUACCACAAGGAAACUUGGAGGGAUGAAACUAUUUGUAAUGUAAAAGUUUGGUUCGCUUUACAUAGAGCUCUUAUGGUUUCCGCGCUUUCUUUAGCCACCAUUGGAAUGAUCUCAAUAUUUGUCCAUGUCAAAGGCUGGAGGGCAGAUUCGCCGCAUCAAUAUCUCGGAGUCAUCGCCAAUAUAUUAAUGUUUUUACAACCUUUAGGAGCGUUAUUCCGACCAGCCCCAGAUCACCCUAAACGCAUUUUUUUCAACGUAAUGCAUUUUCUUGGCGGUAAUGUUGCCCAUACCCUUGCCAUAUUCGCUUUAUUCUUCGUACUCAGCCUUUCUUCUGUCACAUUAUCUAAAGUUUACAUUUGGACUCUUGCCGUUUUUCUGGCUGUUUACAUUUCAACUCAUUUAAUACUCCAAUUUCAUCCACACCUCUUGUCCAGCCUCAACAUAAUUGCUGACAUUCAACUGACUGAUCUUAAAAAUGAAGCCAACAACCAACCAUCAUCUCCUGUGAUUAUGGCCAUUGAAAAAUCAAAAAAACGGGUAUUAAGUAUCUUCAUCGGUCUAGUCAUUGUUAUAAGUAUCACUAUGAUUAUCUUGAUAAACAAAGGUAGUCCGUUUUAAUAACUCCAUUGCUAUUUAUCCUUUUUAUAAUACUUUACUUUUGAUUUAUUACAAAUCACUCAUUAUUUUGUUAUACCUCUUGUCACUACUCGCAAGCAAAAAUCUGGCUUAACGAUUGUUAAUUACUCUGAUCAAUCUCAUUCUUUUACAAACAACGAAUCUUUUUUUCAACAAAACUUAGCACAACCUCGACAAUAAAUAGCCAAAGAUUGUCAAGGAAAUAUUUUCUUUAAAAUACUUAUUGAAACUCUUUUCUUCAAAAGUUCCCUAUUAUCAUGCAUAAUUUAUUGGAAUAAUGUUGUAAUCAAUUAUUUUAGCCAUUUUAUUUUAUGUGCUACCACUGUCAUGACUGUAAUGUGUUUAAUUAAUCAAGCAAAUUAACGCAAUAUACUUAAUACGCGUCUCUACUUGUUAUUGAUUUAUCACAAAUUAUAAUCAAACUAAUAAAUUCACGAUUGAAAGUCUAAUCUCUAA